AUGCUACACGAGAUCCUCCUCUCCCUCUCUGGCCAGCCCUCACCCCUCUUCGCUGAUAUCGGGAAAGAGACGAGCUCUCAAGAUGAUUUUGCCCUUCUCUCUCCUCCGGAAAAAGCCCUCCUCGGAUCGAUUGCGCACCUAAGCCACCUUCAUGCUUAUCUCCGCGAGCACACCUCCCAAAUAUCCUCCUCCCAUGUUUCCGUUAUCUGCCGGUCGGUCUCGACGACCAUUGUCACCGUUCAGUUGGGCGAGUUUCAGAAGAAAAUCCUGGAAGUGGAAAGGGCGAUUCUCGCUGAGGACAGCUUAUAUGUCGGUGGUUACGGAAUUGUCCCUUUAUCAACCAUCGUGGGGGAGUUUGCGCCGUGGACUCGGCGUAUGGAGUGGCUAUUAGAAGUGGUCCAAUUCAUUCAGCCCGAAGCUGAAGACACAAGGCACCGCCAUGGCUGUACUGGCGCAGGACUCAUUGACUUCCUGCGAGCCGGACUUCAAACCGGAUACACGGACAUUAAAGAAAUGGGAGUACAGCUGGUGACUGUCGCCGAGACAGCAUGGAUGAAACAGCUUUCCAUGUGGCUACUAUAUGGGAAUCUGCCCAUAUAUGGUAAAAAAGACUUUUUUAUUCAGGAGGCCUUUGACAGCGAGGACGAUGAUGCUCAGUUCAGCAUGCAUGUCGAUUUGCUCCCGAGAUUCGUUGCUGAGCAAACUGCAGGGUCUAUCCUGUUCAUUGGAAAGUCGCUGAACCACGUCCGUUCUAAGCGCAAGACCUCUGCGGGGAUCUCGACUGCACCGGUCACACUAUACAAGGAGCAUAUCGAGCAUCUGGCCGGACUCAAAUCACCCAUAUCAUCCUCGAAGUUGACCACGGCCGUGGAUUGGAUACGUCUUUCACUGUCUCAGUCCACGUUAUCAAGAUUGCUCCCACUUCCCAAGAUCCUGGAAAUGCUUACACUACUACACGACUUCCUGCUACUAGGGCGGGGUGAAUUUGCCGUGGCCCUUGUAGUGCAUGCAGAUAAUCGCAUCGAAGAUACUCGACGACGAGGAGCCGGAGCUCGGGGCCCUGCUUUUGAUGGCCUUAUCAUGAAAGAAGGGGAUGUCAUGACCUCUUUGGCACAUGCCUGGGUUGAGCUCUUCUCUUUACAGAAAGAAGAAGAUCCAGCCGAUGAGGAGCUUGAGCUGGCUCGCGAGCUGCUACGACUAUCUAUUAGCGACCGAAAAAGUAACCGAGCGAUGACCCCAUCACAUGGUUCGAACGCGAUGUCCAAGAUCUCGAGAGUUCCAUUCGAUGAUUUGCUCUUCCCAAUACCGACAUGCUUGACUGCGCAAGUUCGUGCUCCUCUUGAUCUGUUUCUCUCCAGCUCCGACAUCGCUAUCUACUCGAAGAUACACUCCUAUUUACUAGGUAUUCGCAGGGCACAGAUGCGACUUGGUGAUCUAUGGAAGCGAACGUCUUUACGAAGGAAUCACCCUACUCCAUGGGGACCCCCACGCAGUAACAAACCAUUCGGCCAGCAGCGGCUGAAAGCGAGCCGCGAGCGGGACAAUGCUCGCACUAAACAGAUGCGGUCCAUCUGGGCUACUGCUAGCGCCUGUUUGUUUGUUCUUUCGGAGAUUGGCGGUUUCUUCCAAGGAGAAGUUGUCCACGAGUCUUGGCAGCAUCUUCGCGAGUGGAUCCAGGGUCGCCCGUCCUCCAGUGCCUCAAUUUCUGGUUCUCGACCGGGUACGGCUUCGUCUGCAAAGACACGACAAUCACGAGUGGCCUCACCCGACCGACCGUCGAGUCGGCCGACCUCUCAAGCCGGGCCGACCCUUGGGCGAACCGAUCCCGAGGCAUUGGCUACGGCCCACCGCCGCCAUCUGUCCAUGCUUAUUCAGUCUUUAUUCUUAACUGAUGUCCCAUUUACCAGUGCCCUGCGGGCGUUGCUCACCAGUGUUGACCGCUUCGUGGCUCUCGUGGUUCGCCUUGAGACAAUCCAGCGAAAUAUGGAUCUGGAGACCGACGAGGGCGUGGUGGACGCGCUCGUCGACUAUGCUCAAGAGGAAAGUGAAGUGUGGCACAUGUUGCGAGCAACACGCGAUGAUGUGAAGAGCGAAAUUCAGGGGGUCGUUGCGAGCCUCCGUGAUAUCGACGAUCAAAGGUCUGGUGAGGGGCUCGGCUUCGCCACAAACCCAGUCCACGGGUUCACCGGAGGAAGUAAUCGGGCGAAUUCAGGCACAGGCUAUGCGGGACACUAUGUGCCGCGCCAACCAGCCGGUGUGGACCGACUCCUGAUGAAGCUUGACUUCGGCAGCUUACGCAGUGAUGGCGGAGUGGCCAUUGCACCGGGAUUGACGGAUUUGGAGUAG